AUGGACGUCGUGUUUGAACCUUCAGAACCUCCACCUCCCGGUCCACCGAGCCGGCAACGUAUCUUUAUGCAGGAUGAAGAUAUAACUGUACUGUUCAUCGGUUAUGAAACGAUUUUAUGGCGAAAGUGGGUAUGGAGGAUCGGCUGUAUCCUUACGUUUGGCCUGCUCGGGCUUCUCGGACACUGGUUCCCUCGAUUUUGGCUUCGAUGGGUGGCGCGAGAAAGAGCAUUUAAGGACAGUCAGAAUGGGUUCAUUGUCGUAGAGACGCCUUUCAGGGAUAUAUCACUAUUUACGGUUAAGACCUUGGAUUAUCCUUUUGCUCCUUCAACGGUGUUUUCGACAAAGACGGGGUUAGAUAGCACCACAGACUCCAAUGGCAAGGAGCCUGAAGUACUGUCGACCUUGAAGGUGGUUGACUAUCGUUAUCUGAGGUUUGCACUUGAUAUUAGAACAGGGUUGUUUUCCGCGGUCAGUGACUGGCGAGAUCCUUCCUGGACAGGUAUACCAGCCGUACAAAAAGGUCUCGAAGAUUCUGAACACGAACAACGCCUAAUGCUCUUCGGACCUAAUAUGAUUGACAUAGAGGAAAAAUCUGCAUCGUCUCUACUAAUAGAAGAGAUUAUCCAUCCGUUUUACGUAUUCCAAAUUGCUAGUAUUAUCUUGUGGUCAAUGGACGACUAUUACUAUUACGCAUUCUGCAUCGCUCUUAUCUCAUUCUCAAGUAUCAUAAGCACACUCAUAGACACGAAAAGGACUCUAACACGCAUGAGGGAAAUGUCACGCUUUUCAUGUCCCAUUCACGUUUACAGCAGUGGGCGAUGGCAGAUAAGAGACUCGACUGACCUUGUCCCCGGAGACGUCGUUUCACUCACGGAACCCACUCUUUCUAUAUUUCCUGCGGAUAUGUUCCUUCUAUCGGGAGACGCGAUCGUCAACGAAAGUAUGUUGACCGGGGAGAGCGUUCCUGUUAGCAAAUCUCCAAUUAAAGACGUCGAACUGGCGAAGUGGAAGGAUAAUUCUGAUACCACUAUUGACAAUACUAAGAGUUUCUUAUACGCCGGAACUCGUGUCGUCCGUUUGAGGGGUGCCAUGACAGCCAGCGGCAAUACUGGAGGACCACCCAUAGCUCUUGUCGUCCGUACUGGCUUCACCACAACGAAAGGAUCUUUAGUUCGAUCUAUGCUUUUCCCGAAACCUCUUGGCUUUGCUUUCUAUAGAGAUUCUAUGCGAUUUAUUGGUGUACUCGCUGGUAUCGCUGGUUUUGGAUUUCUAAUCUCUGCUGUACAGUUUGUCCGUCUUGGAAUACCCUGGCAUACGAUCUUGGUUCGAGCGCUAGACCUAAUCACAGUCGUCGUUCCACCCGCACUUCCCGCGACCCUUUCCAUUGGUACGAGCUUCGCUCUUAGCCGACUACGGAAGUCUGGCAUAUUCUGCAUUUCCCCAAACCGAAUUAACGUGAGCGGGAAGGUCAAUGUCUGUUGCUUCGAUAAAACAGGCACACUUACCGAGGAUGGCCUGGACAUAUUGGGAGUUCGAGCGAUGGAAAGAAACGUUCAUCAAUUCGGUGAACUCAUCGAGGAUAUACAUGACUUACCUUCCGAGGCUGGCGCGGGGAAAGCUUCAUUCCUGCAUGCUCUUACGACAUGCCAUAUGCUUCAAGUCGUUGACGGCGAAACAAUUGGUGAUCCGCUUGAUGUAAAGAUGUUCAACUUUACGCAAUGGACUCUAGAAGAGGGUCAAGUUGCAGGUACAGGCGUCAUCAAAGACAAAGCAAGUGGUUCAAGAUCUGCGGCGGCGCUAGUUCAGAACAUUGUUCGACCUCCUGGUAGUGGUGCCUUUCGAGUCGAAGAUGCCCUAAAAGGAGGCGCAAAGCGCCCCCACUUCCUCGAACUCGGGGUGAUUCGCACCUUCGAGUUUGUAUCGUCGUUGCGUCGUAUGAGCGUCGUGGUCAAAAGACUGAAGAGUACCAGCAUGGAAAUUUAUGUCAAGGGCGCGCCAGAGGUCAUGCAUGACAUCUGCGAAAGGGAUUCUUUCCCGAAUGAUUACGAAGAUCUACUGUCAUACUAUACAAAGCGUGGGUAUCGUGUCAUAGCCAUGGCGGGAAAGAGUAUCGAAGGGCUCUCUUGGCUGAAAGCUCAGCGGCUCAAGCGGGAGCAGGCGGAGUCGGGCCUUCGGUUCCUUGGUCUUGUUAUAUUUGAAAAUAAAAUAAAGCCAGGAACUACUCCAGCAAUACAGGCACUGCGGGCAGCGCAUAUGGCUUGCAGAAUGAUCACAGGCGAUAAUCCGUUGACCGCUGUGAGCGUCGCCCGGGAAUGUGGGCUUAUCAAUCAAACUGCGCAUGUCUUUAGCCCUGUCUUUGUGGAAGGAAACCCGUCAGCGCCUUUGGCGAAACUCGUAUGGCCAUGUAUGGAUGAUCCACUGUGGACUUUAAGCGACUACAGCUUGAAGCCCUUGGAUCCGCCUCCGCAUCAUACAGUGGAAUCUGCCGACGAGAUAUCUUUCCACGACUAUACUAUUGCGCUCACGGGCGAUGUCUUCCGUUGGAUGAUAAAUUACGCUCCUCUGGAGACUGUGCAGCGAAUGCUUGUCAAGACUCAAGUAUUUGCAAGAAUGUCUCCGGACGAAAAGAACGAAGUUGUGGAGCGUCUUCAUGGACUUGGUUAUACUGUCCUUAUGUGUGGUGAUGGGGCGAACGACUGUGCCGCCUUGAAGGCAGCAGAUGUAGGAUUGUCCCUUUCCGAGGCCGAAGCUUCAGUUGCUGCCCCCUUUACAAGCCGAACACCAGACAUCAGCUGCGUACUCGAGGUGAUUAAGGAAGGUCGUGCUGCACUGGUAACGAGCUUUAGUUGCUUCAAGUACAUGGCCUUGUAUUCUCUUAUUCAGUUCACGACGAUCACUCUGCUUUACUCCUUUGCUUCAUCUCUCGGCGACUUUCAGUUCCUUUACAUAGACUUGUUUAUCAUUAUCCCGAUAGCCGUGACCAUGGGCCGGACACUUCCGUACCCUCAGAUUCACCCGAAGCGGCCAACUGCGAGUCUCGUAUCAAAGAAGGUCCUUACUAGUAUAAUUGGCCAGAUUAUUAUUACAAGUGCAGUUCAGAUUUGGACCUUUAUCUGGGUGAAAUCGCAGAGCUGGUAUACUCCGCCGGUCAAGAGCCAGCCGACUCCCGGUCAUGACAAAUUGCAGGCCCUAAAUUACGAGAAUACGGUGCUGUUCCUGGUGUCGUGUUUCCAGUACAUACUUGUCGCAGCGGUAUUCAGCAUUGGACCGCCGUAUCGGAAACCAAUGUGGACGAAUGGCUUAUUUAUGCUGGCAAUGUCAGUGAUCGCGUUGAUCAACGUCUGGCUCACUCUUUAUCCUCCGCAGCCACUUUUGGUUCUUCUGGAGCUCAUGGUUAUUCCGUUUUCCGGACGAUCUAUUUUGAUAGCGGCAGUCGCUGUGAAUGUGUUGCUUUCGGUGACGUUUGAAAGGUGGGGAACCGCUUCGGUGGCACGGGUGAUCAGCUUCGCUACCGACCAGUUCCGCAUUAGGAGAAGGAUUCGGGACGGCAAGGCGUACAAGGCCGUGGAACAUGGCAUGCGAUGA